AUGUCUGCCACUGGUGCUUACCAAAAUGGUACAGCAGCUACGGCUACCCCCGUUGACUUGCACUCGACUGUGAGUCACGGUUCCCAAUUGUCGACGCCUUCCAACAAAGCGUCCCGCGACGACCUUAAGGACACCCGUUUCCCAGAGGGUGAAAUCGAAAAAGAGACUGAGAUCCCAAAAAAACCUGCCUCCGCCUACGUUACUGUGGUUUUACUAUGUUUGUGUGUUGCCUUUGGUGGUUUCGUUUUUGGCUGGGAUACCGGUACCAUUUCUGGUUUCGUGCAACAAAAGGAUUUCAUUCGCAGAUUCGGUCAGACUAAACACAAUGGAGAGCAUUACUUGUCUAACGUUAGAACUGGUUUGAUCGUUGCUAUUUUGAACAUUGGUUGUGCCUUUGGUGGUAUCAUUUUGUCGAAAGUUGGUGACAUGUACGGUCGUCGUAUCGGUCUAAUGACAGUUGUGGUUGUCUACGUUAUCGGUAUCAUCAUCCAAAUCGCGUCCAUUGACAAAUGGUACCAGUACUUCAUUGGCAGAAUUAUCUCCGGUCUUGGUAUUGGUGGUAUUGCUGUUCUUUCCCCCAUGUUGAUUUCCGAAGUUGCUCCAAAGCACUUGAGAGGUACUUUGAUUGCCUGUUUCCAAUUGAUGAUUACCUUUGGUAUCUUCUUGGGUUACUGCACCAACUACGGUGUUAAGACUUACAGCAACUCUGUCCAAUGGAGAGUUCCUCUAGGUUUGUGUUUUGCCUGGGCUCUAUUCAUGAUCGCUGGUAUGAGCUUUGUUCCUGAAUCUCCUCGUUACUUGGUCGAAAAGAACAAACUUGAGGAGGCCAAGCGUUCUGUUGCCAGAUCCAACAAAGUCAGCAUGGAAGACCCAUCUGUCCAAGUUGAAAUUGAUCUUAUUUUGGCAGGUGUGGAAGCCGAGAGAAUGGCUGGUUCCGCCUCGUGGGGCGAGCUUUUCUCUACUAAGACUAAGGUGUUCCAGCGUUUGAUUAUGGGUAUCAUGAUUCAAUCUUUGCAACAAUUGACUGGUGACAACUACUUUUUCUACUACGGUACAACUAUUUUCAAGGCUGUUGGUUUGACUGAUUCUUUCCAAACCGCCAUUGUCAUUGGUAUUGUCAACUUUGCCUCCACCUUCGUUGGUAUUUACACUGUUGAAAAGUUCGGUCGUCGUAAGUGUUUGCUAUGGGGUGCCGCUUCCAUGGUUGCUUGCUUUGUCGUCUACGCUUCUGUUGGUGUCACCAGACUAUACCCUGAUGGCGCUGACCACCCUGAGGUCUCUAACAAGGGCGCUGGUAACUGUAUGAUUGUUUUCACCUGUUUCUACAUCUUCUGUUUUGCUACCACCUGGGCCCCAAUGGCUUACGUUGUUGUUGCUGAGUCCUACCCAUUGAGAGUCAAGUCUAAGUGUAUGGCUAUUGCCACCGCUUCCAACUGGCUAUGGGGUUUCUUGAUUGCUUUCUUCACUCCAUUCAUCACCACCGCUAUCCACUUCUACUACGGUUACGUUUUCAUGGGCUGCUUGGUGUUUGCCUUCUUCUACGUUUUCUUCUUUGUCCCAGAAACCAAGGGUUUGACUUUGGAAGAAGUUCAAGAGCUAUGGGAAGAAGGUGUCUUGCCAUGGAAAUCUGCUUCUUGGUUGCCACCAUCCAGAAGAGGUGCCGACUACAACAAUGAAGAAUUGAUGCAUGACGACAAGCCAUGGUACAAGAGAAUGAUGUAA